CAGGCUACAAGUCACUAGAGUUUAGAUACAGUUAGUGAUCGACACGUUGAGAUGGAAUGCACCUGUCUUCUACUCUUGCUGUUGAGUACACUGGUAUACUGUAGCCUCGGACAAGGUGGAGUUCUCUUUAAUCCAGCCUCUCUGAGUGUCAGUCCUGACAGAUCUCAGUUCUUUAAAUUAGAGUCUGUCUCUCUGAGCUGUGAGGUUCAGGGGAACUCUGCUAGAUGGAGAGUGGUGAGGAACACAUCGAGAGGAAUCCUUUCAGAGUGUAGUACUGACUGGGGAAAACAACAAGGGUCUUCAUGCAUUGUAUCACUAAUACCAUCAGACAGUGGAUUGUACUGGUGUGAGUUUGGGUCUGGAGAACACAGCAAUGCUGUCAACAUCACAGUACCUGCUGGUGCUGUGAUCCUGGAGAGCCCUGCCCUUCCUGUGACUGGGGGAGAUUCUGUGACUCUGCGCUGCAGAUAUCAGGGAACUCGCUCUGACCUCACAGCUAUUUUCUACAAAGAUGGAUCCCCUCAUCAGGGCUGA